AUGGGGGGUUUCCAAGUGUUCAAAUUUUUUCGAAACGCAGUGAGCGCUACAAUCCUGAUUGGCCUCGCUUGCUGGUCAGCCUCUGCGGCAGAGCUGGCGAAUGUAAUUAGCUGCAAAAAUGGUACCGAUUUCGUUGCCACAUCACUCAAACAGGCCAACAGCAAAAUCGUGUUGAAGUGCUCCGAGGGUGCUACCAUCUUGCCAGCUAUUGACUCAAAAAAAUUCUGCAAGGAUGCCGGUUGUACACAACAGGACCAGUUGACCCAGGUGGGGGUGAGUGCGGGUGCGGCUUCGGAAGUUGAAGUCGCAGGCGUCUCGCAAAAGACAGACGAGCUUACCCUCACUUUGACGAAAAACCCUACGAACUCUCAAACUGCAUAUUUCCAGUGCAUCGAGCCCAAGAAACUGAGAGAAGAAAGUGGCCUGACUGAGCAAGACAGUGCCACACAAGUAGCCUGCACAAUCCAAUUGGCAAUACACGGUUCAGCGCCAGCAAGUACGCCGACCGAAGAAAAAGAAUGCAAAUACGGCCAGAACUUGCGUAUCAGUCUCAGACCUGACUCCAGAAAGGUUACCUUUCGGUGUCAAGAAGACGGCGUGUUGUCGCCGACCAACUUUGAACAAACAUUCAAGGGACACACCUGCAAUGAUGAAGCUGCCAAAGUGAAACUAACGGAACUCGUGACAUCUGCUUCUCUGGUUGAAGGAAGGUCCUCUGUUUCGAAGGACGCUCUAUCGACGUUUUCCAUUAGGGGAUAUCUGGAUGCUUACACUCUCGAAGCCUCAGGCAAUCUCAACACCGACACCGAACUUUGCUAUAAGUGUAUCAGGACAGCAACAGACAGGUUGGCUAGAGAACCAGAUCUUUCGAACGAAUGCAAGAUUCUAAUUACUGUCUCUGGCAAAACGACCGCACCCGAUCAAGGCGAUGAGCCGCAGUCUGGUGACUCAGAUGUACCAACGGAUCAACCGAAUUCUGAUGCACCCGAUGAAACUCCAAGCGAACCAGAUCAAAAGCCUGACGGAGCAGAAAAGCCAACUGGCAGUUCUGCACGCAAGUCUACCACAGGGGUUGCCAUUCUGGCCGUACUCAUGAUGUUUUCCGCUCUUCCCUACAUGAGAUAACCCUCGGCAAUUAAGUAGCCUGUGUCGCUCUUUGUUCCUGUCGAGGCACGCGCGUUCACCAUUUGCUUGUGUCUUUCCAACAGGGGCUGAGGACGGAAAGGCAGGAUGAGCAGGUCGGUAUGGAACACCUGUUGAAGAAGCUGCUUUGCCGAUUGGUUUGGACGGUGCCUUCCGUCGCGAAUGUAUUUGUAUGCUUCAAUUUUGAAUGGUAGUUUUGUGUCGUUGAAACACCUCAAUGGUACAUUUGCUGUGGAGUCAAUACAUUAAUCGGCAGUGUUCGAUAUUCAUGCCCGUUAUCAUAACCUUGAGUGCCGCCAUUUGUGAAAGCUUGAUGGCUGCUCUGGCCCUAGUUCGACGACUAUGAGUGCAAUUGACUUUCAAGCUUGCUCUGCCUGCUGUGAGCCUCG